GUCGGCUAUGUACUGGUAUUCAAUUUGAUUGUUGGUACAGGAGCAUUGGCACUGCCCAAAGCCUUUGAAAAUGCCGGAUAUAUUCUUGCAGUCAUCCUUCUCGUUGUAUCCUCAUUCAUGAGAAAGAGUUAUGUUUAUAGUUAUGUUUGCGCAACAUUCGUCAUCGAGGGAAUGGCUAUUGCGAAUGCAGCAACUCAAACGAGUAGACUGAUCGGAAGGAGAAGAAGUUCAAUAACGGAACACGACAUUAGUGAUGCAUUCAAAAUCAAAAAUCGGACCGAAGUCAGUAAUAUGGCGCAACUUUUUAUGGGAAGGUAUGGUGUGAUGAUACUAACGCUCGUAAUGGCUGUGUAUCUAUUCGGUGAUUUAACUAUAUAUACCGUCACAGUACCAAAAUCACUCAUGAACGUCAUAUGUUAUGGGCCUCCAUGGUACAAAUAUGCAAGUCGCUAUCAGCAUUUCAAAGCACCUAUUCUACAACCAACUAAUUUACCAACAUUUAGUUCGGCGAGUAUAAAUGAUAGUGCAAAUGCCAGUAACACCGUCAACUGGGAUGACCCUUGCUGGCCCAGCUGGCCCGCAUGGAGCAAUCGAGCUGCAAUUUAUCGUAUUUGUGUUGCUGGCUUUGUGUUGCUAGUGACACCUCUCGUCGUUAUCGGCGUCUCUCGAACCAAAUAUUUGCAGAUUUCUACUUCUGUUUGCAGAUGGACAGCAUUCAUUCUGAUGAUCAUUCUCGCUGUGAUAUCGCUAGGUGUUAAUGGCACACCAGGCAAAGCGGAACCUGUGAUUGCUGAGGGAUUUGGCUCAUUGUUCGGAACCACUGUUUACGCUUUUAUGUGCCAUCAUAGUUUACCGAGCUUAAUCACUCCAAUGAAGUCGAAAAAGAAUGUAAUGUUGGGUGUCCUUAUCGUCUAUACCUGUGUGUUCCUCUUUUAUGUGGCUCUCUCGAUGACCGGUGCAUUUGCAUUCACCAAUAUACUCGACGUUUACUCGUUGAAUUUUUUACAUACUGAGUAUUUCCAAACAGUCUUCUACAAAAUUUGCGACUAUUUCCUAGCGUUAUUUCCCGUGUUCACAAUCACGUCGAGUUAUCCAAUCGUCGGAUGCACACUCCUCAACAAUUCGCUCAUCUUCAUGGAUUAUGUUGAAGAGUUGUACGUUUUAUUUUAUUUAUUUCUACAUUUUUAA